AGAACUACCCCUCUUAAUGGGUGACAGAUAAACUUUCACCUGAAUUGUCUGUUUCUGUCUAAAAAAGUUGUUUUUGUGACACGUCUGUCUUUUGCGGUGUGUUGUGAUUUCCGUUUCUACAAAAGUUCAUCUAUAUUUCCUCCAAAUUUGGCCUCAGAAUGAAACACCUGCAAUGUUUUUUUAUAAUUGCGGUGACCCUGACAAUUACUCUGGCCCAGAGAGUAGUUCCCGGAGUUAACCCACAGCAUUACCAACAACAACAACAACAACAACAAUACCAACAGCAAGUGCCACAAAUGCAAUAUGCCCAGCCAGGUCAAGUUCCACAGAUGCAACCCAUUCAACAGCAGCAAAUGCAACAGCCUCCUAUGCCCCAGCAAGCCAUGGGUCAGCAGCAGCCAAUGAUGCAACAGCAGCCCAUGCAUCAGCAACCUAUGAUGCAACAACCAGUUCAGCAGCAGCCAAUGCACCACCAACCCUUGCAACAACCCAUCCAACACGACCCAAAUGCAAUUCAUCAUCAACAACAACACAUGGCUCACAGACCUCAAGUCCUCGACCCAUCUAACAUCCAAGGUGAGAAGGCGCACAUUCAAGACCACAUCGAAGUGCCUCUAGACACCAGCAAGAUGUCGGAGCAGGAGCUCCAAUUCCAUUACUUUAAAAUGCACGAUUCCGACCAUAAUAACAAGCUGGAUGGAUGUGAAUUGAUAAAAUCACUCAUUCAUUGGCACGAAAAAGGCAGCAAGGAAGACGCCCACCAACACGAAGGUACCGGCCAUCAAGAUAAGAUAUUCUCCGACGAAGAAUUGAUCGCAUUAAUAGACCCAAUCCUCGAAAUGGAUGAUUCUGGUCGUGAUGGAUAUAUCGAUUAUCCAGAAUUUAUUAAAGCCCAACAGAAGGCUGCAGCUCAAAAUAAGGUUGAAAAACCUUAGGAGUUUAAGGAAGAACUCGUUUAAGUUUAGUUGUGAACUAUUUUUUUUUUAAUUUCUGUUUUAUACUUAAAUCAUUUUCCAAGAAAAUAUUACAUAAAAAAAGACCUUGAAUAUUUUUGAAAUAUACAAUUUCGUUUUCAGUUUUCGAAUAA